AUACGUUGGUGUGAAAAAGAUCAAGGACAUUCAUUUGAAAUACUUGAUGCAGUAGCAUUUUCAAAAGAGAUAUUACCGAAAUAUUAUAAACAUACAAAUUUUUGUGGGUUUAGUCGACAAUUAUCAUUGUAUGGAUUUAAAAAAUUUGAUAAUGAAUACAGAUUUCAAAAUAGUAAUUUCAUCAUUGGACAUAUGGAAUUACUUAAAAAUGUACAAAGAAAAAAACCACAAUCACAAAGAAAGAAACAAAAUAAUACCACAUUACUUUAUCAACAAUUAUUAUCUCAAUUAAUGCAAUUACAAAAACAAAAUUUAGAAACAGUUACUCAAAUUAAUACCUUAAAAGAAAUGUUGUAUCAAUUAAAACUUAGAGAAGACUCUUUAGAAUUAAAGAUGCAAAGAUUACAAGACACAUUUAUGCCAAAUCCAAGUUCACUUGCUUUUGGAUUUAAUAUGAUGCCUAUACCUCCUUCAAAUGACACUUCAAUGUUCCCUCCUUUUCCAUCUCAAAACAAUAAUCAAGCAAUAAAUGAAGAAACUACACCUGCAGGUAAUGAAACUAAUAUUGGCAAUCAUGACUCACCUAAUCCUUCUCCAAAUUUCGUUCAUUGGGGAGAUUCUUCACAACAAACUUCUCAACUUCCAUGGAAAUUUUAA